AUGGAGCGAUCUGCGUCGGGUAAAGAUGUUGCCUUGAGGGACUUUACUGAGUCUUCUUCCUCCGGUGGGAUGUUUGAUGCAUCACAGUACGAGUUUUUUGGUCAACAUGCUGGGAAUGGAGUGGAGUUGGGUGGUCUGGAAGAAGAUGAAAAUCCUGUCUUUGGAUCUGUCGGUGAUGAAUACCGCUUGUUUGAUAGAGAUGAAGGGGCAAGCUUAGGAUCUCUAUCUGAUAUGGAUGAUUUGGCAAGUACUUUUGCAAAGUUGAACCGAGUAGUUACUGGUCCAAGGAACCCAGGAGUGAUUGGUGACCGGGGAUCAGGAUCAUUCUCCAGGGAAAGUUCAUCAAUUGCUGAAUGGGCACAAGACAGUGAAUCUUCUUCCUGGUUUGAUCAGCAUGGGUGUGAUUCAGAAGGUUUUCAUGACAGCAGGAUGUCUUCUUUAUCUCUCACCCAACCUUCAUCUGCAAGGUUCUCAGAAUCAAAACCUUUGUACAGAACUUCCUCUUAUCCCCAGCAGCAACAUGGAGAAUUCAGCAGCAACUGGCUAGAUCAGCAGAUAUUUGAUACAGAAACCGUCCAGGAAAACAAGAGAUGGUCAUCACAGCCAUCUAUUAAUUUCCCAGAAUCAAAACCUUUACACAGAACUUCUUCCUAUCCUCUACAGCAACACCAGCAGCAUUUAUCAAGUGAACCGGCUCCUUUUCCAAAAUCAAAUUUCACUUCUUUUCCGCCGCCCGGUGGCAGAAUCGAUCAGCCUCUACAACACUACCAUAGUGUUCCUUCUCCUUCAGGCGGGCUGCAGUUGCCAUAUUCUGCUCCAAACAUGUCUCCUCUAUCGAACCCCAACUUCCAUUUGGCUGGUUUACACCCUGGGGCUCACUUUGCUGGAAACAUGUCGCAGCAGAUCACAUCUCCUGGCCUUUCUUUUAGUAACAGGCCUCAGAAGCAGUGGCUCAACCAUGGUGGCUUGCUAAACCAUGUCGACCAUUCUACUCUUUUGCAGAGCGUCUUGCAACAACAGUUGUCUCAUCAUCAGAAUGGGCUCAUGUCUACACAGUUGUUGUCGCCCCAAAACCGGUUGCACUCUUCGGUUCAACCAUCCAUGGCUCAUUUUGCUGCACUUCAGUCUCAAAUCUAUGCUUCACAUCCAUCAGCUCAUAAAUUAAUGCUCGGUUUGGGUGAUGGUAGGGAGCAGAAGCCUAAAUCGCAUAGAGGGCGCCAUAAUUCUCGAUCUUCAAAUCAUGGUUCUGAUGCUGGUGGUAGUCAGAGAAGUGACAGUGGUCCAUCGAUUCAGUUCAGAUCAAAAUACAUGACAUCUGAAGAGAUCGAGAGCAUUCUGAAAAUGCAGCAUGCCGCUACUCAUGGCAACGAUGCUUAUGUAGACGAUUACUACCAUCAAGCUCGUCUCUCCAAGAAAUCUACUUCAGGAGGGUCAAAGUCAAAGCAUCACUUCUGCCCAUCUCACCUGAAAGAGGUUCCUUCUCGCUCACGCAACAACAGCAGCUCUGAACAGCAGCUUUCCUAUCAUGUGGAUGCAAUGGGGAAGAUUCCCAUACCAACUGUACGUAGGCCCCGCCCUCUCCUCGAAGCGGGCCCUGUUUCCACCGAUUGCAGUGAACAGAUCUCCGACAGGCCUCUUGAGAAGGAACCCAUGCUUGCAGCUAGAGUCACAAUCGAAGAUGGGUUGGCCUUGCUUAUCGAUGUUGAUGAUAUUGAUCGGUACCUUCUGUUUAAUCAGCCGGCGGAUGGUGGCGCUCAGGUGAGGCGCCGGCGGCAGAUUCUCCUUGAGGGUUUGGCAACUGCGCUUCAACUGGUAGACCCUCUCGGUCAGAGUCCUGGGAAUAAUACUUCAGCAGGCUCUGCAUCAAAGGAUGAUCUCGUGUUCUUGCGUCUGGUAGCUUUGCCCAAGGGUAGGAAACUCAUAACAAAGUUUCUUCAGCUUCUGAUCCCCGGUAGCAACCUUGUACGUAUUGUGUGCAUGGCGGUGUUCCGGCACCUCAGAUUUUUGUUUGGUUCUGUGCACUCCGACUCAGCAGCAGCCAAGACGAGCGUGAACCUAACAAAGACAGUGUGUGUUUGCAUCAGUGGCAUGGAUCUUCAUGCACUCAGUGCAUGCCUUGUUGCAGUUGUUUGCUCAUCAGAGCAGCCGCCAUUUCGCCCUCUUAGUAGCCCAGCUGGUGAUGGAGCCUCAGUUGUUUUGAAGUCUAUUCUCGAGAGGGCAACUAAACUGUUAACUGAUCCUCCGGCUGCACGGCCGGUGGUGCCCAACUUUGCUCUCUGGCAGGCGUCCUUUGAUGAGUUCUUUGAUCUGCUGACUAAGUAUUGUUUGGCGAAGUAUGAGACUAUCCUGCAGUCAGUCUAUGCGAAAACGCCAACUGGUACAGAGGAUAUUGAUGAAGAUGUACGUGGAGCGACUAAGAGGGAAAUGCCAGUUGAGCUUCUGCGUGCUUGCCUCCCUCAUACUAAUGAACGCCAGAUGGAGCUAUUGAGACAUUUUGGACAGCAGCGGAAUUCCAUGACUGGACUGAGUACACAUUCGGGUUCUAGCAGCAUCAUAAGUUCUGAAUCUGUCAGAACUUAA